GUAAAUACAGACAGGUUUAGGCAGAGACGAGAGUCUUUAAAAAGCCUACCCUGGAUUAUUUUGGUAUUGAGAGAUCUUUCAUUGGAGCCUUUGAUCCAAGAAAAAGAAAAACAAAAAAGUGAAGAUGGAAUUGGGUUUUUGGUGGAUUGUUUUCAGUACAGCUUUGAUUGGUGGGUUUGUUGCAGUAUGUUGGUUGCUAAAGAGUGUAAACGAGUGGUACUAUGUUUCAAAGCUGGGUGGGAAAGGGAAUACUCUCCCUCCAGGUGAUAUGGGCUGGCCUUUGAUUGGGAAUAUGUGGUCUUUUCUCUUUGCUUUCAAGUGGGGAGACCCUGAUUCAUUCGUCUCCAGCUUCGUAUCCAGAUUUGGCCGCACAGGAAUCUACAGGGCCUAUAUGUUUGGAAAUCCAACCAUCAUUGUCACCAUGCCAGAAACAUGCAGACGAGUCUUGAUGGAUGAUGAAAGAUUUAAACAAGGCUGGCCUAAAUCCACUUGUGAUUUAAUGGGGAAUAAAUCAUUUUUGGGUAUUAGUGAUGAAGAACACAAGCGGCUCCGCCGGUUAACAGCAGCUCCGAUCAAUGGACAUAAGGCACUAUCUGUGUACCAUGAGCACAUCAAGGAUAUUGUAGUGAAUUCAUUAGAUAAAUGGACUAAGGAAGAGAGACCAAUUGAGUUCUUGACUGAGAUUAAGAAGAUCACUUUCAAAAUUAUAAUGUACAUUUUUCUAGGCAGUGAGAUUGAUCCAAUGAUGAAGACCCUGGAGAAGGAGUAUGCUACUUUGAAUAAUGGACUAAGAGCUAUGGCCAUUAACCUCCCUGGAUUUGCUUACCAUGAGGCACUCAAGGCUCGGAGAACUUUGGUAAAUAUUCUUCAAGAUGUUGUAGAUGAAAGAAGGGCAAGAAAAGGAAGUGAUAUUUCAGAGACACACAAGAGUAUGAUGGACCUAUUAAUGGAAGUUGAGGAUGAGAAUGGAAGAAAAUUGGAUGAUGAGGAGAUAAUUGACAUAAUCCUCAUGUACUUGAAUGCUGGCCAUGAAUCUUCAGCGCAUGCCAAAAUGUGGGCAACCCUUCUUUUACACCAGCAUCCGGAAUGUCUUCAGAAAGCCAGGACAGAGCAAGUGGAGAUUGUUAGAAGAAGAUCAUCAUCAGAUGAAGGAUUGAGCUUCAAAGAAAUAAAGCAAAUGGAAUAUCUUUCCAAGGUAAUUGAUGAAACGCUGAGAGCAAUGAAUGUUUCAUUGUUUACUUGUCGGGAGGCAAAAACUGAUGUUUCCAUCUGUGGUUAUAAAAUACCCCAAGGAUGGAAAGUGUUAGUUUGGUUCAGGGGUGUUCACUUGGAUCCACAAUAUUAUUCAAACCCCAAACACUUUAAUCCUUCGAGAUGGGAUGGACAUAAAUCCAAGGCAGGAACUUUUAUUCCCUUUGGAACAGGGAGUAGGAUUUGCCCCGGAAGUGAUUUGACUAAGCUUGAAAUUUCCACUUUUCUUCAUUAUUUUCUCCUUAAUUAUGAACUGGAACUGCUGAAUCCGGGAAGUAGAGUGAGAUAUUUGCCUCAUUCAAGUCCCAUAGACAAUUGUCUUGCCAACAUCAAGAAGCUGAUCUCGCCAUCAUCAUCUACACAAUCAACCGAAUAGUCUGCCUACUUUUUCUUUCUCUGCUAUAUAAUAUGCUCGACCUCUUUGCUUUAUCCUAUAUUAUAUGCAAACUUUCUUCUCUCUCUCUCUAUCUCUCUCUCUCUCUCUAUAUAUACUCUCUCUCUCUCUAUAUAUAUAUAUAGAGAGAGAGAGAGAGAUGUAAGUCCAUGACCAUGAAAGAGGCCUCCUCAGGUUGUACUAGUAGCAUGUUUUUUAAUAAGAAAGGCCUUUCAUUU